AUGAAGAAGAUGCAACGCAACGAGAAGAAACCAACGUUAGGGUUCAUCCCAGAGUUAUCAAGGGCAACGGUACCCAACCGUGAUACUCCCAUGUCGCCUGACGCAGGAGACGGGGAUCCACUAACGGUCCAAAGAGAACGUCGAAGAAGGAUUGCGACCGUUCUGGACGAGGAGUUGCGAUGGGCGAAUUUGAAGACAGUUCUCCGGGGGGAUGGAUCAACCCUAAUGUACCGUGCAGCGAGAGACGCGUGGAAAAUGUACGAUCGCUUCGUCCUAAGCGAAGACAAUGUGAUUUACUAUGUGGGAACGAGGCCUCUGAGAAGAAACCAACAGCAAGAAGAGACGAUGCUGCGUCUAGUAGUACCAUCAACGUUGAUCCAGAAGGUACUACAGAACUGUCACGACUCGUUAGAAGGAGGUCAUCAAGGGAUCGCUCGGACUUUCUACAGAGUGGAGUUGGAUUAUUACUGGAUCGGUCUAUACGCGGACGUAGCGAGGCACGUGCGGUCCUGUCCCGACUGUAGCUCAAGCAAAAGUCAACCUAAGAUCCGCGGAUACUCUCCGGGGAACAUACUAGCGGAACGACCGUUUCAGCGCUCCUACUAUUCCAAUGCGCAUUCACGGGGGUACGUGAUGGGCAAAGCUAUGGCAGACACAACUGCUCUGAGAGUAGCCCAAACUUUUGGAGAAUGCGUGUACCGGAGAUUCGGUGAACCCUCUCUCAUCAGACAUGACAGGGACCCUCGAUUCAUGAGCGAGGUGUUCCAAUCGCUCCAAGCUAACGGCCAAAACGAGCGCUCAGUCAAGACCGCCAUACAAUCGGUGCGUGUGUACGCGGAAGGCCAACUGCAACAGGACUGGGACGAGAUCGCCGAAAAGCUGAUCGUUGCGAUCAACAACUCGAUGGACGCAACGAGGAAAGAGACACCCUUUUUCCUCGUCCAUGGGUGGAAUGCUCAGUUUACGCUCAAGGUGAUGCCCUCAUUCGAGGACUCGGUCGACAGUCAGACGCACUGGUGUGGCGUCGAGAAGUGA